GCAGCAGCCGUAGCAGCAGCCGCAGCACUUUACACUUUAAUCGAUCGCUUUUCCAGUCCUGCUCCAGUGCAGUCCGCCUGGAGUGGAAAGUGGCCAGUGCUCCUUGCUCUGGCCUCCAAGCAAACCGAGGAGACUAGGGAGGAAACUCCUUGGGAGAGUCCGGUCCCAGGUGCCCUCUGGGUUCUGCAGUCUCUUCUCUCUUUUGCUUGGGUGGGGAAGGAGGACGAAGAGGAGGUUUGGUCUGGGAUUAGAAGGAGGUGGAGCAGAGGCAGAGGUGGCGGCAGCAGCAGCAGCAGCAGCAGCAGCAGCAGCCGCGCCAGGAACAGAGAAAGACAGGAGAGACCUAGACUUGGAAACCCCAACGUGUCCCCGUCCCUGCACCGCAGGAUAUAUUUCCAGCUUCAUGGGCAAAGUGUGGAAACAACAGAUGUACCCUCAGUACACCACCUACUACUACCCCCAGUAUCUCCAGGCGAAGCAGUCUAUUGUGCCAGCCCACCCAAUGGCUCCUCCCAGCCCCAGUACCACCAGCAGUAAUAACAACAGUAGCAACAGUAGCAGCUCAGGGUGGGAUCAACUAAGCAAAACAAACCUUUAUAUCAGAGGACUGCCUCCCAAUACCACAGAUCAGGACCUGGUGAAACUUUGUCAACCAUAUGGAAAAAUCGUCUCCACAAAGGCAAUUUUGGACAAAACAACCAAUAAAUGCAAAGGUUAUGGCUUUGUGGAUUUUGACAGUCCAGCUGCUGCCCAGAAAGCAGUCUCAGCUCUAAAGGCUACUGGAGUUCAAGCCCAGAUGGCAAAGCAACAGGAACAAGAUCCUACAAACCUGUAUAUUUCUAAUUUGCCACUGUCCAUGGAUGAGCAAGAACUUGAAAACAUGCUCAAGCCAUUUGGACAAGUGAUCUCUACAAGGAUACUGCGUGAUUCCAGUGGUACAAGUCGCGGUGUUGGCUUUGCCAGGAUGGAAUCAACAGAAAAAUGUGAAGCUGUUAUUGGUCAUUUUAAUGGAAAAUUCAUUAAGACACCCCCAGGAGUUUCUGCUCCUGCAGAACCUCUGUUGUGCAAGUUUGCAGAUGGUGGACAGAAGAAGCGACAGAAUCAGAACAAGUACAUCCAGAAUGGGAGAGCAUGGCACAGAGAAGGCGAGGCUGGAAUGACCCUUACCUAUGAUCCAACCACAGCUGCUUUACAGAAUGGAUUUUAUCCUUCACCUUACAGUAUUGCUACAAAUCGAAUGAUCACUCAAACAUCUAUUACACCUUAUAUCGCUUCUCCUGUUUCUACAUACCAGGUGCAGAGUCCGUCGUGGAUGCAGCCUCAACCAUACAUCUUGCAGCACCCUGGUGCUGUGUUAACUCCCUCCAUGGACCAUACUAUGUCACUACAGCCUACAUCAAUGAUCAGCCCUCUGGCCCAACAGAUGAGUCAUCUUUCACUAGGCAAUACUGGAACAUACAUGCCUGCCACAACAGCUAUGCAAGGAGCCUAUAUACCCCAGUAUACACAUGUUCAGACAGCAGCUGUUCCCGUUGAGGAGGCAAGUGGUCAGCAACAGGUUGCCGUAGAGACGUCCAGUGAUCAUUCUCCAUAUACCUAUCAACAAAAUAAGUAACUGUGAGAUGUAUAGAGGAGUGUCCUUACCUGAAGAAGGGUGUGAAGGCUGAAACAAUCAUGGAUUUUUCUGAUCAAUUGUGCUUUAGAAAUUAUUGACAGUUUUGCACAGGUUCUUGAAAACGUUAUUUAUAAUGAAAUCAACUAAAACUAUUUUUGCUAUAAGUUCUAUAAGGUGCAUAAAAAUCCUUAAAUUCAUCUAGUAGCUGUUCCCCUGAACAGGUUUAUUUUAGUA